AUGAUUCCUUUGUCCCUGAGCCUCAAACCCCCGUUAUUCUCACCCUACUAUUCUUACAAUUGCCACUCACAGAAGACCCGCAUACAGAAAACAAUUCUGUGCUUCAGAAACAAAAGAAGGCGAUAUGGGUUUGAAAGAUCAACAAAGCUCGUGCUAGAAUCAGCUUGUAUUAUUGCUUCGAAAAUUGGGAUUUUACCGGAGCCACUGGAGUUAUUGUUGAGAGAAUUGGGAGGUGGUAAUAGAGGCGGUAAUGGAGGAGGGUUUGGAUCCUGGAAUGGAUUUGGAUGGGGAGCUUUCGAUGGUUCGAAAAAGAGAAGGAAAUCGAAACUGGGAAUUUUAGUUAUUUUUGUAAUUUUGGGUGUUGGCCUCUGGUUAGUUUCGGGUAAAGAAUUGGUUAUAGAUGAUGUUUCCUUGGGGGGCUUGGGUUUAGUUUUAUUUGGGCUUUCAAUGGAUGGGUGGAGAAGAGGAGCUAAAGAUUGGAUUUUGGGAUUUUGUUGCUGUGCUGUUUUGAUGAGUUUAUUGUGCAAGAAAGAAAAUCUUGAGGGAUGUGUUAGAAGCAUCGUUGUACCAACCACUACUGAUCAUGGCAAAAAAGGCUGUAGUUCUACUCCACUUUAUGCUUUACAAUCAUCGGCUGAAAGGCUGAAAGUGAUAUUGAUGGAUGUGAAAAGUCGUGAAAGGGUAUAUCCAGUUAAUGGAUCAAUAUGUGUCAAAAAGCAUAGUCACUGUACCAUAUUUGCAGCCAGUGUGGAUAUGGUUGCAAAAUCUAUAGAGAGGAGAAACGAUAACUGGUUCAUCCAGACUAAAGUUCCUAAUGAUUUGAUCAUACAAAUUGAAGAAAAGAGCUUUCACUUGCAUAAGCUUCCUCUGGUCUCAAGAAGUGGUUUUUUAAACAGAAUGGUAUUUCAGAAUCGUGGAUAUGGCAAUCUUAGUCUCCAGAUCGACAAUCUCCCUGGUGGAUCAAAAUGUUUUGAGUUAGUUUUAAAGUUCUGUUAUGGUUGGAAGGUCAAUCUUACAGCAACAAAUGUUGCUCCACUUUAUUGUGCCGCUCACUUCUUGGAAAUGAGUGAUGAUCUUGAACAAGGAAAUCUGAUUUCGAAAACUGAGGACUUUUUGAGUUAUAUAAUUGUUUCAUCGUGGAAAGAUACAUUUAGAAUCUUCAAAAGCUGUGAAUCCAUCUCUUCCUGGGCCCGAGACUUGCAAAUAUUGAAACGAUGCUCAGAAACAGUUGCUUGGAAAGUCUGCACGAAUGCCUGUGCAAAUGGAAGUGCGGAAAAUGAACUGUAUUUGAAUGUUUUGUCUGAAAGCAUAAAUCAAAUGGAUACCAACAAUUUAUCAGAUGGGUGGUGGUUUGAAGAUAUUUCAUUUCUUCGAAUAGAUCAUUUCGUUGAAGUAAUUGAAUCAAUCAAAAGAAAAAAGGUUCAGCCUAAUCUUGUGGGUUCAUGUAUCACUCUCUGGACAGUAAAGUGGCUUUCUGGACUUACGUUGCAGCACAACAAUCUGAAUCAGACAGAUCUGACUGUCCAAAUGCACAAGGUUACAACUGAAUGUUUGAUAAAGAUACUGCCUGCAGAAAGAAAUUCAGUUUCCUGCAAUUUUCUACUUCAUCUUUUAAAGGCAGCUCAUAUCAUGAAAAUUGAGUCAGAGUUGCUACACAAGCUUGAAAGAAGAAUAGCGCUCAUGCUUGAAAGCUGUAAAGCUACAGACCUUUUAGUUAAGAGUAGUGCCAGUCUUUUCGAUGUGGACAUAAUUGCUAAAGUGGUCGAAGCUUAUGUUUCCAUAUCUUUAAGUAAUACCCUACCAAGAAUGUAUGCCGUUGGAAGGUUGGUCGAUGAAUAUCUUGUGUUAGUGGCCAGAGACGAGAAUCUUCCUGCAAAAAGUUUCCAGCUACUUGUGGAAGUGUUGCCAAAAGAAGCUAGAAGUUGCGAUGACGACCUUUAUAGAGCUAUAGACAUUUACCUUAAGGCACAUCCUAACCUGAAUGAAGAGGAAAGAAAAAAUAUAUGUAGGGUCCUGGAAUACCAUAAACUUUCCCAAGAUGCACGCCAGCAUGCCACAAAGAAUGAACGGUUGCCAGUGAACAUUAUCACACAGUUUAUGCUUCUUGAACAAGUUGAUAUGUCAAGAUCUUUCAUGGCUGCUGCAUUGAAUAACCAGAGAACAAAAUCACAGGCAAUACUACGAGUUAGUGAAGGUGCGGGAAAGGAAUGGAUAAACACCCAGAAAGAAAUAAAGAUAAUUAAAGAGGACGUUGAUAUGUUGAAAUUUCAAGUCGGUGAAUUGCUGCAACGUAAAGUGGAGCUCCAAAAGCAUAUGAAUAAGGGGAAUCCUCUGUGCCUACUCAGUUCAACAUUUCCAAAUCUUAGGAGAGUCGAGAGAAGCUCGGGAGUUGCUCUCGAGCUGUCUAGUAGAGCAGCUAAAUCCCAUAAACACUAG